GUCGCGCCGCGUAUUAGGGGUAACUUCACGUUUCUGCCGGAGAUGAAGGAUUAUCUGAAUGUAUGGAAAGUAUUUGCUGUACCCCAAGGCGCAGCAAACGAUGCACCGGCCGUCGUGUACGACCUCUACGGUAAACCUACAUUUUCUCAGACCUACUACAACGCAACUCGAUUACAGAGUUCCACUGGGACUUUCGAUCCCAAUAACAUUCUAGACAUCAAUUGGAAAGCAGACAUAUCCCAUACUCCAUUCCUCAAGAAUAUAGACACCUACCCUUCGACAUACAGUAGCGAACUGGCUCGGUGGGAGAGCGAGUUCACUCCGGCAUUUCAAGACUCGCUCGUCAAUAUCGAUGCAACGUACAACCAUACCUGUUUCGGUGACACUACCAGUUCACAUCCCGAAGCCAACUACUUUGACGGAUACGAAGCUCUCGAUUUCGCCAGGACCUUUUGCGAAGACAUCGUGGCUCACCGCGAAGAAGGAAAUGACCUGCCAUCAACUGUACGCGCUGCGCUAUGGACGAAGAACUUUACUAGGCAAUAUACACUGAAGAAGACUAAUCCUGGUAUGCAUUUAGGUUUCGCCGUGACUGGUGAUCCUGCUUCCUACAUCGAAUCUCGAAACGCCGACUGGCUGUUCGAGGGGCCUGACAUAUCCGCGAACGUUGACCACUGUGUUUUAACCUACAAAGAUAUAAUCAGCCAUUGCGAUACCGACUCGACCAAAAGAAAAGGCGGCUCUCUCAAAUUAAACGAUAUAAUCUACGGCGUCCACACCAUCCCAAGCAAUCGAGAAAGUAGUGACCCCUGGAUAACAGACUACUCGUCUCUAGGCGAACUCGAAUGCGCAGACUACAACAUCACGAGCUACUGGCGUGUAGCGUCUUUUAACGAGAAGUUGCGGGCGGAGAGUCAUAGCCUUCUUGCCCCGCCCAUCGCCAUCACCGAUGCGGAUCGAUUGAGCAAGCUGUGUACGUGUUGGUACUCUGAGCAUCCUCUCACUGCGGAUAUGUUUUGCAAGGAUCCAGCUGGCUCGUGUGAGGAAUUGGCGAGGAAUGAUAAGAGAGUGGCAGCUGGUUGGAAGGAGUUUGUUUGUUGAUCGUGAAGGCUAGAGUAUAUGUAGGG